GGCCUUGAAUGAUAACGAAAUAAAUGUUGGCUGUGGUUGGAAGCGCGAACGAUUAGUACUUUUAUACUAAGAAAUUUACUAUUAGUCACAGUUUGGUACUUCCUCGUUAUUAGUGUACGUUUCUCUCUUUAAAAAACUUUUUCCUACAAUUAUUAUCAAAAUGCUUAAAGUAUACAACAAAUUAAAUCUUCACCAAUUAAAAGCUUUAGAAGAUUAUAGAACUAUACAAAAAACUAGAAGGUACGUUUUUAAUAUACAUUAUAUAUAUAUUUCUUUUAACAAUAAUUACAAUACAAUAAAAGUAUCAAUAAAUACCAAAAGUUUUACGUUAUAUAAGUAAACAAAAAAUAGUAUACAGUAAUAUUAUAGGGUAAUUAGUUUUUUCAUCAAUAUGAUAGACACCAAAUACGUAGUUCAAUAAUUGUUUUCUAUAACUAUCUUUAAAUAAGUAAAUUAACUUGGUUAUGUUCAAAAAUUAAUUGAACUUUGAUCAUUAUAUUAAAUUUAAUCAAAUAUGGCAAUUACUCAUGUUAAUACGUACAUCUAUUUACCAAUUUAAUAUUAAAAAUUUUUGAAAAAGUGUUUAAGGAAAAAAUACUGACAUAUAUUAAUUAAAUUUCCAAUAUUACAAUUUAGAAUAGGAUUAAAGAGGUACUUAAUUUGUAUAAAUAUAUAUAUAUAUGUAUUAUGACGAUAGUUUAGAUUAGGUACCUAAGUAGGUAUGUACCUAAUUUUAUCAAAUUAAUUGAAAUUGAAAAUAAUCUAAUUUUUUGUGACGUUAAAUUUAUUAAUUUACUUAAUAUCCCUUGUACUUUUUAACAUAGUUUUAAUGGUGAAUUUGACUUUGAUAGACACGUACUUGACUAAAAAUAGAACAAUGCCAAUUAAAAAUAUUGACGUAAGAACCAGGAAGUAAAGUAAAAGUGUGGAACUUUUAUGAAAAUAUUUCUUAGGACACAUUUUGUAAACAAUAAGUUUAAAUAUUUUAAACGUACAAACAUUAUCAUAAUUAUUAUAUAUUCAACUUAAUUAAGAAAAUAAUUAGUAUCUUAAAUAUUGUUCUUAUUAUUGAUAGAUUGUACCUGCUUGUACUAUCUUAUAUCACCGUUUUUUAUAUAUAAUUGGUAUACUGGUACAAUAUGUUAUUAUGAUAUUCAACGUUUAUCUGUAUUGGUUGGCAAUGGCCGGGGGGGAGGGUACGGAAUAAUAUGUGACUUCACUUCUUAAAUACAAAUAAGAUAGUAGUUGUACUUGAAAAUAAUAGAAUAAAACAAAUGUUUAUUGUAUUAUUAAACACGAAUUAUAUAAAAUUAUUGUAGGUAUAAUAAUACAAAACAUGAUUACGUAGUAUGUUUUCGAAAAGAAAAAAUUAUAAUAAUGGGUAAUCUAUUUUUGUGGUCACACUGUAUUGAUAUUUCAAUAGCAUUCUUUUCAAGAUUUAAGAUUUACUAUUAUUAACUUUUAAGGCUAUGUUAUAGAUAGGUAUAUCCAUUGCUAAAUAUAUUUAGCCAUGGCUAUGUCUAUAAUCUAUGCAUUUUAGCAGUCAAUCGCAGAGUAAGUAAACAGUCUAAUUUAUCCCAGAGUAUUUAAAGAAUUCUUUUUUUUUCCAGUAACUUUCACAAAGAUGGACAUUAACUAGUUAAUAAUUUAAUUUUUAAAACUUUUUAACUUAAAUGUUUAUUUCAUUUUUAAUUAAACUAGUUUAACUGAGAGUCGAAAUAACUUGGCUUUUCUUAGUUGAUUUAAGAAUCUAUCAAGUUAGAAAUGUUUUGAAAUUUUUCGUUACGUAAAUAUUAAUAUAAUAAUGAUCUAAUAAUAAUAUAAUAGUGUCAUACUACAAAUUACAAUUUAUUUUAUUUUUCUGAAGAAAUAAUUUUGUAUACCAAUAUAUUUUAGUAGAUUAUAUAAGCAUAAAAGAUAAAGCCAUAAAGUAUACACAAUGGUAAUACGAAUAACAAUUAUUGAUGAGAAAAAUACGGUCAGGUUCUGGAAAUUGGAAAAAAAAAAUCUAAAAGUAACUUGAAAAUAAAAUGAUUGUAUAAACACAUUAAAUUAUAAUUUAGCAUAUUAUGUUGUUUAAACCUGUAAACAGUAUAGACUUUAUUAUGAACUUGUUAUCGAGUAUCGACCAGUCCUUUACGUUUUAAGUUAUUCGUAAUCUUAUGCCUUAAUAAUAAUCAAUUUUUUUUUUAAAAAGUUAUACCUUACCAAUUGUAUUGUUUUAAUAAUUGUAUGACCUUAAAUUGAUAUUUGAUACGAACAAUUUAUAUUUGUUAAACUGUUAAUUGAGAUGUUUAUAGUUUAAAUAUUAAUAAUCAUGCAAAAUAAAAUAUGUAUAUACUAUAUUGUACACUGUACGUUAUGAUAAAAGUACAAUAAAAUUAUAUAUUAUAAUUUAAGAAAUUAGAAAAAAAAAAACAGUCACUCUUUUUGAGAUCCACGUAUUAAUUUUUAAAAAAAAGAGCUGAUACUGGGGAUGGGCGGCCACUGUUAUAGGUGAGAAGUUGGGAAGGUAAGAUACAUAAGCUUAUUUCAUUUGUAUAUGUAAGCAACGAUAAACCAUUGUUUGACGAAAGAUGAUUCCGAGCGCAGUUCGGUAAUACAUAAUUUGAAGUGCUGUAAUUUUUUUUGCGAUUUUCGUUUAAAUUUGAUUUCAAAACACUUAUUAAAAAAAAAAUCGUUUGAUGAUUUUAGAAACUUUACUACGUCUAGGUAAGUUCAAUAUAAGUAUUAUCACCAAGUUUCAAGUCUUUACGUGUAUUUAUAACCUAUUUACAGCAAAAAAACUCUCAAAAAUUAUAAUUUUUUAAAAGCUCAUCAAAAGGCAACAAAAAAAUACCUUAUGAUAUUUCGAUUAAAUCAUUUCUUCUGGUAGAAAACGUCGUCUAUGUUUUUAUAAAAUAAUGAAAUCUUGAAAUUGUACAUUUUCCUACGUUUUUUUCCAGUUAAGUGCUUUUAUUUAUUAAAAUGGCGUUGAAAAUCAAAAAAUGAUCUUUUUAAAGUACAAUCUAAACAACUUGAGCUUUCAGAAAAGUUGCUUCACAAAUACUUUAGAGCAAGUUUACUAGAGAAAAACGUGUCCACAAACUAGAACUAAGAAAAAAAAUAAUCAACAUUGUAAAACUCAUAGUGCUCCCUCGCUACAUUCGGAAUCUAAAUAAAAUCUUUGCUUUCAAAAAUUUAGCUAAUUUAUGUACUUGAAAUUAAGAAAAUUAGAAUUAUAUACCAAGCUCUAGUAGAAUCUACAGUUAACUAUGGUAUUAGUAUUUGUGGAGGUGCCUACAAUAAUACAACACUAAAUCCAUUAAAAAUAAUACAAAAUCGAAUAAUUUUUAUCACACAGAAUAUUUAUACAAAGAAUUAAAUUUUCUACCAUUAAAAAAAUAUUGUUCUAUAAAGCAUCAACAAUUUAUAUAAUUAAAAAUAACCUAAUACCUAAUAUUGAUUAUGAAUAUGAGACAAGGCAAUUAUCAAACAUUACUGUUCCCUCAAUGUACAGAAAACUACCUCAAUCUACUUACUUACAUAUAGGACUAAAAAUAUAUAAUAUGCUAUCAUUCGAAUUUAAAACAACUCUAUCAUUAAAAUACUUUUUUAAAAAAAAAAUAACUAACUGGCUGCAGAAUAAACCAAAUUUAAAACUUUAAAUAUUUUUACAUCUUCAAUCUAGUUACUUAUAUUUGUUUUUUAUCUUAUUGUAUUAUAUAUUAAAUCUUCAUGUAUUAAUUAUUGUUACCUACAUAGUAUGAUAUGUUUGUGAGUUUCAUUUAAUAAGUCUAAAAUUAUAAAAAAAAAAAAAAUGUAGAUUAUUAUUUGAAUAUACUAUUUUCCUUAUCAUAAAUUGUGAACUAAUAGACCCCCACACGAACCUGUUCAGUGGGGCCCAUUAUCUUUUCGAAGAAAUAAAUAAUAAAAAUUAUUGUUAUUAUUAUUAUAUAGAUAGGUAGAUAUGAAUGAUAGAAGUGUUAUAAUGAUAAGACGUAAAGAUGUACCCGUUGAAGUACAUCAUAAGACGGUGUAAAAUAAACAUUGGAAGAAACAUAACAAAGCCAUCCAUUGUUUGCUGUAUUUGCUUAAGUAGACUGUAAUAUGUUAGUAAUAAUAGUUUAAUUUAAUAAAAUUCGUCUUCGAAAACCAUAGUAUAGUAUACCACAUCGGUACAAUACAAUAUUAUACAUAAUAAUAUAGAUUAUGAGCGUUCGCGUGAUUUUUAUCGGAUCAAAUUUUUUUAAAGAAAAUUUUCCGAAGAUACUUACCUUACGUAGUAUAUUGUAACAAAACUUAUCGUCAUUUCAAUAGAGCCACGUUUGGAAUCUAAAAGUAGAUUAACUUUUUUUAAACUAAGUCAAGUUAAUAUUUUUUUCCAUAUUAACUUUAAACUUGUCAAAUUAUAUUUAUAAUUUGUUCACUGUUAACUUCUAACUUAUCAAUCUUGUGUUCUCUUAACUUAACUCGAGUUAAUUAUUAUUUUCAUUAACUUAUCGACCUUUGCUAUUUCAGUGAUGAACUGUCUAAAGUUUGAAUACUAAACACGAAAUUAAUAAUUUUCGCUGGACUUUUAAAUAGAAUACCGGUGAGGAGGGUGGUUGUAUAAAGUUAUUUAACUUAUAUUUGUAAGCAACAAAAACCGAUUUAGAGCAAAGUUCGUUUAUACAUGAUUUGAAAAACCGUAAUAUUUAAAAAAAAUUUCUAAAUGACUGUUGUUUUUAAAAAAUAAAACUUGUACACUACUUGUUGAACCUCUUGUUAAAUUAUCAAAAAUUUCUGUUUGAUCAAACAAUUAUAUCCACAUAAUACCUAUGCAAAGAAAAACUCAAGCAUAAAAUGGGUACAGGGAAAAAACAAAAAAAGUCACUUUGUUUCCCAACUGAAAAAAACGUAACAAUUUUUUUUUAUAAAGUAAAAAGUUCGGAUUAAGUUUAAUGUUAAAUUUUAAAUUUUAGUAACCACAACAUAAUAAUUGUUGUUAAUAUACCAUAAUAUUAUUAUUAAAGGCUAUAGCCUUAUAUUAACCCAACACUUACCUGGUUAUAAAUUGAAUAUCUGUUUUUUUUUUUCCUGUAGACCUAAACUUCUGGCAUUCAUUACUUUCGACUAAUCUGGUUUUUUCGAUCGCAUAAAAGAUAUAGCUCGUCAAUACAAAUUAUUUGAUACUGAUAUUGCUAUUUUGGAAAAAAGUGACUUUUGGUUUUUUCCCUGUACCCAUAAAAAGCUUAAAAAUAGCAAAAAUAUUUUAAAUAUUUUACCAGAUGUAAAAAAAAAAUAAUAAAGUUUUCUGUAAAAUUUCAAAUUUUUAUUUAUUUUAUAUUAUCAUUUCAACGCAAAAGAUGACAAUUUUGUACAAGAUGACCUUAGACUAAACUAUAACUAUGAGGGAGAAGUAACAAAAGCGGGGUAAUUCAAAUCUUUAUAAAUAUUUUUAACUGAAUUACAACCAAAAAGCAAAAUUCAAAUUAAUGAAAACAAUAUUUCCAAAUAAAAAAAUAAUAAAGUAAAAACAAAAUUACUGAAAUGGUUAAUAUUCAUAACAAAUAUAGUAAAAAAAUAUUUAUGUAUAAAAUUAAAAAAUUAAUUAAUUAAUAAAUGUGUUGCCUGGAGUAUUAUGAUAAGUGUAUUAUAUGAUAGGUUUUGAAUUUUUAAUUCGAAACCGGUCAACUUAUUAUUUUUUUUGAAAUACUGGUGUUAAGUGCAAUUUUAUCUCACUGUUACAUUGUUACCCGCUUACCAAUAUUAUGGCAUUAAUAUAUGUAAUUUAUAGUUUAGUUUCAUAGUAUAUGUGAAUCUCUUUAUUAAUUACACGUACAUUUUUAACAGAUGGUUAUCAACAACUUCUUCACACUCUGUAGAAGCAUCUUCAGAUUCAAAAAAAGAUGUUAAACAAUCAAAAUCAUUUACAAUGAAUCUUUUCCGUGGUCAACUUCAAACUUCACAAGUUUUUCCUUACCCAGAUGUUUUAAAUGAUGAACAAACUGAAACAUUAACUAGUCUUGUUGAUCCUGUAACAAAAUUCUUCAAAGUAUAAGACAAAUAAUAUUUUUAGUUUAUUAGUAAAUGUAUUGAUUUAAAAGUUUAAUAUUAAAGGAAGUCAACAAUCCACUUAAGAAUGAUGAGUUGGAAACAGUAGAACCAAACACUCUUGCAGGACUAUGGGAUAUGGGUGCCUUCUCUUUACAAGUACCUCAAGACCUUGGUGGUUUAGGUCUCAGUAACACCCAAUAUGCUCGAAUGGUGGAAAUUGUUGGGGCCCAUGAUUUAGCUGUGGGUAUUGUUUUAGGAGCACAUCAGUCUAUUGGAUUCAAAGUAAGUAUUUCUGAUUAAUAAUUUGUAUUUCUAUGACCUGUUAUUAUGGAUGUAUCUUUGAUACAACUAUCUUAAAUAAGUACCUUUGAUAAAAUCUGUAUCUUGUAUCGAAACACAGUCCUGGAAGUUAUUAAAUAUUCUGUAUUGUGAUACUGCAAGCCUGGAUUAAGACAUUUAGAGGCCUAACUUUAUGGGGUUCUUGUUGAAAGAUUAAUUAUAUAAUUUGUUUUAAAUGUUAACUAAUCAAUAUGUUUUAACAAAAUAAAAAUAAUAAAUAAUAUAGACAUCAUAAGGAUCUAAAUUCAAAAAUCACAAGUAUUAUUUAAAUAAAUAAAUACAUAUAUUAUUUUUAACAAAGUUAUUAGUAGUUUCUACUAUAUAAUAUUACAAAUAAGUUAUCAGAUAAUGAAAAAAUAUUAAAAUAUCAAAGUACGAAUUUAAUGGUAAAAUGCAUAUAUAAAGAACAUACUGUGAGGAACAUGCCUGAGGCCCCGGAAGUUUAAUGGCUCGGGUGCUAAGACCCUCUCUGGACCACUCCUUAUUUUGGACUUUGCCUAAUAAUAGACUGUUAUAAGGCAAAGUUAUACUAUAAGAUUUCCUUUCCUUCUCCGCUCUUUCUUUAGGUCUUGCAGUUCAAUACAAAAUAUGUCUAGGUUUAAAACUUGGAUAGUAUCAUUUACUCUAAAUAAAAAAAAAACCAUUAUCAGGAUGAUUUAUGUUUCUUCAAUUAUAAAUAUAAAAUUAUUAAUUGUAUUUAAAAACAUUUUAUUUUUAUUUUUUUGUUCAACUGAAAAUAAUUGCUAUAAAUUUAUUUAAUUAUAGUUAACAUUAUUAAAAAAUAUUACUGUAUUUAAAUGUAUAGUUAUAUAUUAUUGCUUUUAAAAUUUUUAUUUGGGUCUAGGUUAAAAAAAAAAUGGUUAACUAUGUUAAUUUUUUUUUUAACUAAACAAGUUUGAUUUAUAAAAUAUUUUUUUCAUAUGAUUACAUAAUUACGUAUAUGGUAUAUUAUUCAUUGAUUAAAUUAAAUUUCUUUCAUAAAUUAAAAAUCUACCUAAUUCUACCUAAAUCUAAUUAUAUACAUAAUAUGUAUGCAUAUAAAUUAGUAGUGUCCCAAUGCCUAUAAUAUACAAAAAGUUAUUUUUAUAUAAUUGAAUUAUAUAUUCUUAAGUACAUGAUCUUUAAGCUAUCUAAUAUUGUAAAUUAACUCUUUCAUUUGUUGUAAUAAAGUUAGAUGUGUGUUUUUUAUAACAGUGUAUUGGGUUUAUAAUGAAAUAAUUAUUUAACAAUUCAAUAUUUAAUAAAAAUAAAAACUAUAAUAUUAUAACUACCUAGUUAAAAAUACAAAUUUAACAUAAUAGAUGAUAAUUUUUCAAAUUAACCAUUAUAAUUCUAUUAUAUGUAUACGUAUCACGUAUGUACAAAAAAAAAAUCGCAACUUAUUAAUUACCGACACCGAUUUAUAUCACGUAUGUACAAAAAAAAAUAUCGCAACUUAUUAAUUACCGAUACAUUUUCUUAAAUUUUGUUUGUUCUAUAUCGUGGCAUUCUUAGCAUAACUACAUAGCUCUGUUUAAACAUUUGAUAACCUACUCAAUUAUUGGUUUAAAUUAUAAACUCAAGGAUUCGUCAAGUAGACAAUUAUUAUAUAAACUAUAAUUCUAUAUAUUUUACUUUAAUUUUAUGCCAAUAAAAUUUGAAGUACAUUUCUAAAACAUUUUCUUAAAAAUAGAUUAUAAUACAUUAUUAUUUUGGUGAUAUUUUGGGAUAGGGCAUUGAUUGGUUUAACAUGUUAUAGUAAAAUUAACAUUUGGCAUAAACAUAUAGUAAAAUAAUAUUUUUAAUUAUUAGUGUCUUUAGAACAAAUUUAGAACCAAUUAGAUGAAUGUCAAACAUCAAACAAAUUAAUUAAUACAUUCAUACUAUUAGUAUAUUACUUAGAUUUUACUAUAUAUUGAUAUAUUAUAAUUUAUAAUGUUAAAUUAGGUAAUUAACUAAAUUAAAACUGAAAAAAAUAUGAAUAUUGCUUAGGCAUUUCAAAUAUGUUAACUAAUAAAAAUAUACUAAAACCAUGGCUAUCUACAUAACAGAUAUCCUUGAGACUGUAACUAAAAUAUAAAAAUCUUUACUCCCAUAAAUAAUCAUUAUCUGCAAUCUGUAGUUUUCAUAAUAAAUUAAGAAAAUUAAAAAACCAGCUAAUACUAGGGACGAGUAAUCCACUGUUGUUGGGAAAUUUGGAAGUUAGGAUACAUAAACUUAUUUAAUUUAUAUUUGUAAUCAACAAACAAAUGAUUCAUUACAAAUUUUAGUUGUACAUGUUUUAAAAGACUAAAAGAUUUAUGUUUUUCAUCAAAAUUUGAUUUUAAAACUUAGAAAAAAACAACAUUACCCUAGAUUUUUUUUUUUUGAUCUCAAAAUACGAUAUACUGUCAAAUUUCCAAGUAUUUUUGUUUAGUUUAACAAUUUUAUCCACAGAUUACCUACUAAAUAAAAUUGAAUUAAAAAUCUCGCAAAAUUAAAAUGUCUUUAAAUAACUCAGAACCUUUGAAAAUUUUACUAAGUUUAAAAAAAUAAAAUAUUAGGUUCCUGUCAAAAUUUUCAACAAUUCCAAAGGCAAAAAAAAUCAUACACUUUCCCAUUUUUUCAAUGUUUUUUUUUAAGCUUUCCUCAAUUAUUAACAAUAUUACAAAGAAAAUUAAAAAUUUACUUCCUUAUGCACCUACAAGAUUCCAAAUUUAACAAGAAAAGAAAGACAGUAGAAAACAUAAACCAUACAAAUUUAAAACAUAAAAAUCAUAAUGCUGAAUAUGUAUUAUUUUAAAUUUUUCUUCUUUUUCUGGUUUUUCUCAGUUUAACCAAACUACUUGGAAAAUCAAAAAAACAAAUUACUUACUAACUAGAAUGAGAUAUCUCACUAUGCUUUGAUGCUAAAACAAUAACAUAAUUUAACAAUUUUUAGGGAAUAUUAUUAUUUGGAACGCCCGAACAAAAAGCUAAAUAUCUACCUAGAGUAACGGAUAAAGUGUUUGCAGCCUUCUGUCUCACUGAACCUUCAUCUGGCAGUGAUGCUGGUUCAAUUAAGUAUAUUUUUUUCAAACAAAUAUCCUUAUGGUACAAUGUUUAAUAUUUUUUCAAUUUUAGAACUCGAGCAGUUUUAUCUCCUGAUGGCAAACAUUUUAUACUUAACGGUAACAAAAUAUGGAUCAGUAAUGGAGGAAUGGCAGAAAUAAUGACUGUGUUCGCUCAAACACCAGUGAAAGAUGAAAAAACUGGUAAGACAGUUGACAAAGUGACUGCCUUUAUUGUUGAACGGGCAUUUGGAGGAGUUUCAAACAGUCCACCCGAGAAAAAAAUGGGUAUCAAAGCAUCAAACACGGCAGAAGUAACUUAUGAAGAUGUCAAAGUACCAGUCGAAAACGUACUAGGUGGUGUCGGUGAAGGUUUUAAAGUUGCUAUGAACAUUUUGAACAAUGGACGGUUUGGUAUGGCUGCUGCUCUAUCUGGAACAAUGAGAUCAGUAACUGCAAAAGCUGUAGAGCAUGCUACUACUCGAAUACAAUUUGGUAAACGUUUAGACUCUUUUGGAAGUAUACAAGAAAAACUUGCUCGCAUGGCUAUUCUACAUUAUGUAACUGAAAGUAUGGCCUACAUGAUAUCUGGCAAUAUGGAUUCUGGAUCUGUGGAUUAUCAUUUGGAAGCAGCAAUCUCAAAGGUGCUUUAAAAAUGAUAAAAUAUUCAUAAAUAAAAUAUAUAAAUCUGAUAAUGAAUAUUAUUUAUCAACAGUGCUUUGCUUCUGAAUCCGCAUGGUAUGUAUGUGAUGAAGCUAUACAGAUACUCGGAGGAAUGGGCUACAUGAAAGGUACAGGUCUUGAAAAAGUUAUGCGUGACUUAAGGAUAUUCAGAAUAUUUGAAGGUACCAACGAUAUUUUGAGGCUAUUUGUGGCCCUGACUGGUAUUCAAUUUGCUGGCAGUCAUCUAAAAGAAUUGCAAAGAGCUUUCAAAAAUCCUACAGCUAAUUUAGGGUUAAUUCUUGGGGAAGUCUCAAAACGUGCUCUUCAUUCAGUAGGAUUUAGUUCAGCCCCGUCCCUAACACACUUGGUGCACCCAAAAUUAUCGGAUGCAGCUAAUCUUGCUGGUCAAGUAAGUAGAUUCUUAUAUUUAUAGUGUGUUUCACUCAAAUAGUAACACAAAAUUUUUCUGUCUAGUGACCUCUGAUUGAAAUGGGGUUUUCAAGAGAAGAUAAGAAUUACUGAAAUACACAUUUUGUAUGGAAUUUCAAACUUCUUACCCUUUCAGUGUGCGCAUAAGCAAUAAAACUUAUAUUUUUUUUUUUAAAUGGAAACACCUAUUUCCAACACUUGAUUUGGAUAAACCAUUUUUUUUUUUUUAAGUAACUUAUAUAAAAAAAAACUUUUCCCUUGAAUAGAAAAUUGGUCAAAAUACAACUAGUUAAAGUUGAAACAAAAUUAUUUUAUUAUUACUAAAUUAAUUUAAUUUUAAACAGUUUAUUACAAAAAAUACUCAUCAGUCAUCAUUAUCUUAUAAAUUGUAAAUGCUGGAGACUAAUCGGUGGGUCAACAUGAACUACAGUUCAUAAAUGUCCCCAAAGAAAUAAAUUUAGAGGCGUCUAAUCAGAUGAACAGCUGGUCAAGCUGUUGAUCCAUAUGUCCCCAUCCAACAACUGUAUGGUGUGAAUUAAUUGGAGUUUUCAUAAUAGGUCCCUAUUUUUAUGAUAGAACAUUAAAUGGAAGAAGAUAUUUGGAUUUUCUCUCUAACUAUUUACCACUUUUAGAGGGUGUUCAAUUAGCUAUUAGAGAAAACAUUUUUUCAACAAAAUGGUGCUCCUGUGCACAAUAGUAUUAUUGUAAGACAAUACUUAAGGAACACAUUUGAAAGUCAUUAAAUGAGGACAUAUAGACUGAUAACUUAGCCGGCGUUCAUCUAAUUUUACACCUCUAGAUUUUUUUCUUUGAGGACAUUUAUAAACUGUAGUUUAUGCUGACCCACCAAUUAGUCUCCAGCAAUUAAAACAAAACAACCUACUACUGAUAACAACUACAAUUUAUAAGAUAAUGAUAACUGUUGAGUAUUUCUUAUAAUAAAUUGUUUAAAAUUAAAUUAAUUUAGUAACAAUAAAAUAAUUUUGUUUCAACUUUAACUAGCUGUAUUUUAGCCAAUUUUCGACAUAAAAGAAAAGUUUAUUUAUAUAAGUUACUUUAAAAAAAAAUGGUUUAUCCAAAUCAAGUGUUGGAAAUAGGUGUUUCCAUUUAAAAAAAAUGCAAGUUUUAUUGCGCAUGCACAAAUGGUAAGAAGUUUGAAAAUCUAUACAAAAUGUGUAUUUCAGUAUUUCAUAUCUUCUCUUGAAAACCCCAUUUUAAUCCGAGGUCACUAGACAAAAAUAUUUUGUGUUACCAUUUAAUUGAAACAAACUGUAUACUAUUUUUAUAUUUAACUUUGUUUAAUUUGUUGGUUGAUGUUAUUUAUAGAGUGUUGGUCUUUUUGGGCCAGCCGUAGAAUCUCUAUUGAUAAAAUACGGCAAAGGUAUUAUUGAUGAACAGUUCCUCUUGAACAGAUUAGCUCAAGCAGCUAUUGAUACUUAUACUAUGACAGUAGUGCUUUCUCGUGCUACCAGAGCACUUAAUUUGGGUUUGCCUUCAGCUGAAUAUGAAAUGCUACUGACCCAAGUCUACUGUUCUGAGGUUUGUAUCGCAUAAAUCUAAUAAUGUAUUUAUACAUUUUAUUCUUUCAAUGGUUAUCGAUUUCCAUUCUAUAUAUACUGUCCUUCUUUUUACUAUCUAAAUUAAUGUUUUCAUUGGAUUUUGUCAUUACAUAAGGUUUCUUUUUUAAUUCACAAGUCAUAUUUUACCUAUUUAUAUAAGUGUAUACAAAAUAAAAUGUACAUAUUUAAAAUAUUACAAUAUUUCAAAAUAACUUUGAGGCUACAAUUGCUCAAAAAUGUUCAUUAACAGUGCAUUGUAUAUAUUAUGUAUUUAAUAUUUAUAUAUUGUUAAUUAUCAAUAAUACGAUUAACUAUACAUUUUAGGCCAGUGAACGAGUAGCAAGCAAUUUAUCGAUAUUGAAAUCUGGCAAGCACAUAGAUAACUUUUCAAAAAUGAGUAAUAUUGCCGAACAAAUUUGUCAAAGUGGUGGAUUAGUUCAACCUAAUCCACUGAAUCUGUAAAUCGCUAAAAGUGAAAUAUUUAAAUAAUUUAUCUGUUAUAUUAGGAUCACUGUAAAUCAGGGUAAGGUCACGAUGUUAUGUAUAUUUAUCAUCUUUAAAUAGUGUGAUGCAGAGAAUAUUAAAUUAAGUAUCCACUUACCAAAAUAAUUAAAAUAUGUAACUUACAAAAUUGUUUUUUAUUUAUAUAUGUAUAAUGAACUUAAGUAAUAAUUGUUAUAAAUUUAUUUUUUUCUAAUUUGUUAUCACAUAUUUAUAUUUUAUAGUGUUAAAAACUUUUAACUUAACAUACUUAGAGGCUAAUUAUUAUUUGACUGGUGCUAAAUAUUUGAUUUAUUUAUAUUUUGUAUUAUAUUUGGUAUACAACGAAACCAACAUUUUGCUUGUAAUUUUAAAUUGUCUUUGUUUUUUUUUUAAGUGUUUGGAGGAAUGUAUUAGUUUUACUAUGAUGUGUUUUUUUUCUGUCUGUUAAUAAAUUUUUUACCAGAAAUCAUGUUUCAUUCAAAUAUGAUUUUAUCCGGCAAUGUAUUAGACUUUUUUUUAUAGUACUUUACUGAAUUCAAGUGGAAAUUUGGAAAGAGUGACUAUUAUUAUCUAUAAAGAAGGGUUAUAUUAGUGUCUUAUAAAAAAACAGUGUCUCAACCUGCAGACUGGCUAAGUUUUAUAUAUGUAUAAUUAAAAUAAAUUAAAUUUAGGAUAACCUAAUUAAUUUAUAUUAUUUGAAAUUUAAUUAUAAGGUUGAAAAGAGAAAAUAUUAAAAAUUAUGUGGGUACUAUGGAAUUUUCAAUGCCCACAUGUGUAAACA